AGCCUGCGUGCGGGGGCCACGGCCGGGCUCGCUCAGGCGUUCACCACCCUCCUCCCCCUCUGUCUUCACGUCACCUCCCAAGCCCCGCGGUGAGACCCACGGGCCUUACGAGAUGGCCACCAGGCUGUGUCUGCCACGGGGUCACGUGCGGUCCGAGAGAGAAACGAGCACCCGGGCGUCAAAGCUCGCGACGCCAACGGGGACCGCUUUCUGGGCACGUGCCCUAUGCCACGCUCCGCGCAGGCCGUGAGUGGACACGCCGUCUCGCUUAACCCUCAGACGGUCCCGUCCAGUAGGUGCCGUCACUGCCCUGCUUUCUCGGACUCCGAGCAGCCGACUGACCCGGGACCACAUGGGAGGAUGGUCACAGAGUCGGGCCACCCCGUCACUGUGCCUGAAACCACCUUCCAGGCUGACUCCCACGCCUGCAGCAUUCGAAAGGCUGUUCCCGUGCUGACCCCUCUCUGGGAACCGCCUGCGCCCAGACGGCCCGGCGAGCUGGGUUCGCGCCAUGAUGCCACGACCUCCACCCACCGCCGCACAGCCGGUCGUGCCAGGGAAGCACCUGGACGCGCAGAGGGGCCGAUCGAGACUUCAGAGGGGCCCCAGGGAGGGGACCAGACAGCUCCCUAUUCUCCACAGACACUCUAUUCCUGUUAUCCCUCCACUGAGCAGUGCCUAGUGCCGUCCAGCAAAGGCAGCUUGGAAAAUGUCACUGGCGGAUGGAACCUGAGUUCGGCCCCUGAGUCGAAGCCCCUGGGAAAGCGUUCUCCGUCAACGGCAGGACCCAAAAAGGAAACACGACAGGACAGUUACAAGGGAUUAUUCCAGAGCGUCUGGUUAACAUCUGACAACGGGCCCCGCUUUCAAAGGAACGUUCUCGAGGAGCCCUUUUAAGGACGCGUGAAUGGACGGCUGGGGGUGCGGCCAUUGCCGUUCUGCGCGAUCCCGCGGACACCUUCUCAACAAAGGGCUCCGUCCGGGACACAGCGGUGGAAACACGGGAGGAGUCUGCUUA